AGUAGUGGCCACGCUCGUAUAAUAUAACAUGCAAUGUGUUGCGCGUCGUGUUGCAACCAUACACGAAAGGUUCAACAUUUUUUAGAUACUUAUCUACUAGUCUAUAUCGUUCUUGCAAGAACUACUCAAGCUCGCCUCGUAUUCUCGAUUACAAGAUAGCCAUACGCUGCCAUCUUGUGGCGGGUUCCGUCACUACCAUAUGUCGGCUCUUCGAUUCACCAGAAACCACCUCAAAUGGCAACAGCUUAGUGAACUAAAUCGGUAGGAGAUGGCGCCCCGUCAAUUUUAUUGAUGUUUCUGUGUUACAAGUGUAUACGAGUGUUUUGUGGUUUCAAGUUAUUUGAAGUUUGAUGACAAGUUUGAGGUUAUUUUUGUUACAAUUAGCAACAAAUCUGCAAGAAUUACCGGCAAAAACAUCUUUAGAAGAAAAUCGUAACUGAUGCUCUAAGUAUAUAUAUAAUUUCUACCCAGCGCCAAAAUGACUUUCAUGAAUCUUGCACAAUACUUGCAAAUCACAGAUAGAAGUUGGAGAGGACAGGAUGGUCAGAAAGUAGCAUUGUUUUUGUCUUUGCGCCAUGAGCAUGCUAAAUAUCCGAACUAUCAAGUUGAACAUCCAGAAAAUCUGGUGGAGAAGUUUCUCAUUCCUGGCAUUGACGAGUUGGUUAUUCUUCACCUUAAAGUUUUAUAUUAUAUAGGAAAAGGCGAUUACAUGGAAGCAUAUCACCAUCAGAGCCAAAUGGUGCAGGUAUUCACCAAAUUAUUCCAAAGCCAAAAAGAAGAGAACUGGUCUUUACCUAUCAUGUAUACUGUUUGCACAGAUUUGAGGUUGGUUGCGCAAAGAGCAGAAAAAGAGAGAUAUGGAGCUAAUGAAAAGCCUGGAGAAAUUUUGGAAAAGGCUGCUGAAUGUCUCAUGGGCUGUUUUAGAGUUUGUGCUGCAGAUAAUCGCUCAGCAGAAGAAGAUACCAAAAGACUUGGAAUGUUGGCAUUAGUAAACCAGUUAUUUAAGGUUUAUUUUAGGAUAAACAAGCUGCAUUUAUGUAAGCCCCUCAUAAGAGCCAUAGAGUCUUCACCCUUCAAAGAAAAUUUUCCAUUAGGUCAGCAAGUUACAUAUAGAUACUUUGUUGGUAGAAAAUCAAUGUAUGACAGUGAUUAUAAAGCUGCAGAUGAAUACUUGACUUAUGCAUUUGAAAACUGUCACCGGGCAAGCAGAAAAAACAAAAGACUAAUCCUCAUUUACCUUGUUCCUGUCAAAAUGCUGCUAGGUUACAUCCCUAGCAAAAAAGUCCUUGAGAAAUAUGAUGUGCUGCAGUUCUGGGACCUAGUCCAAGCUGUCUGUCAAGGGAACCUGAAGCAGUUCGACCAACUCAUGUUGACACAUGAAUCGUUUUUCAUCCAGUGUGGCAUUUACUUAAUUGUGGACAAGCUGAAAAUCGUCGCUUACAGGAACUUGUUCAAGAAAGUCUAUUUGAUAUUGAACACUCAUCAAAUUCCAGUGGAAUCAUUGAUGAAUGCCUUGCAGUUUUUGGGGCAAGAUGUGGACUUGGAUGAAACACAGUGCAUUGUGGCGAAUUUGAUUUAUGAGGGCAAAAUUAAAGGCUAUAUCUCGCAUCAGCAUAGGAAGGUGGUGGUUAGCAAGCAGAAUCCUUUUCCUCCUUUGACUAGUCUCUCAUAAAGAGUGUCUAUGUGAAAAAUGUGAUGGUUUGCUGUUGUUUUGUUAGUAAUCCACUUUCUGAACAAUUAUGUAAUUAAAUAAGCUGUUUUUGUUAAAGUAAGGUAAUACAACUACUUUUUAUA